AUGGCGCCUCACGAUGUCGAGCGCGGGAGCAUUAGCAAGAUGAAGGAGGAGUCGCUCGCCCCCGGGAGUUCUUUUAGUAUGCGCGAGCCCGAGUACGGUGAUAUUUCCCCGCCUUCGUACUGGGACCGGUUUGUCGAUGGGUUUAGGCGUGAUCAGAGAUCGAGUUUGUUUACGAAUGAUCCGUUGGGGCAGCACGAGGGAUCCGGGAGGGUGCAUGAUGGAGCGCAUUACUACGAUAUCCAGAGUGCGAUGUUGGAGACGGCGAAUUCGGGCCUUGCGAGAGAGUUGAAAGGAAGACAUUUGCAAAUGAUUGCAAUUGGAGGCUCCAUCGGUACUGGGCUUUUUGUCGCAUCGGGAAGAGCUUUGGCAGAUGGAGGUCCAGCAUCGAUUUUGCUGGCUUUUACAAUCGUGGGUGCCAUGCUCUUUUGUACAUGUCAAGCGCUGGGUGAGCUUGCAGUCAUUUUCCCAAUUGCUGGAUCGUUCUCAUCAUGGGCGACUCGGUUCAUCGAUCCGUCUUGGGGAUUCGCAAUGGGGUGGAACUACGCGAUGCAAUGGCUCAUCGUGUUACCGCUCGAGAUCAUCGCCGCAUCCCUAACCCUCUCUUACUGGGACGAGAGUCUCACACGCGCCAUUUUCGUCUCUGUAUUCCUAGUCGUCAUCAUAGUCAUCAAUAUGUUUGGCGUCAAAGGCUACGGUGAAGCCGAAUUCAUCUUUUCCAUUAUCAAGGUCAUUGCUGUUAUAGGCUUCAUCCUUCUCGGCAUCGUUCUCAACUGUGGCGGAACGCCAGAUAGCGGGUACAUUGGCGGCCGCUAUUGGCAAAACCCUGGUGCUUUUAACAACGGCUUUAAAGGAAUGUGCAAUGUGUUUGUUACAGCUGCUUUCUCCUUUGCUGGCACUGAGCUUAUUGGCCUUGCUGCCGCCGAAACAGCUAAUCCGCGAAAAUCGCUGCCAACGGCUUUGAAGCAGGUGUUUUGGAGGAUCACGCUUUUCUAUAUCGUUGCUUUGACCUUAGUAGGACUGCUUGUUCCACACAAUGACCCUCGACUCGUGGGCGGUAACAGCGAUGCGGAUGCAUCAGCCUCACCAUUUGUCAUAGCCAUUGAAGAAGCCGGCAUUCAGGUCCUACCGUCUGUCAUGAACGCGGUCAUCCUUACUGCCGUCCUGUCCGUCGGUAACUCUGCCGUCUUCGGUUCCUCGCGUACCCUUGCCGCUCUUGCAAACCUUCGGCAGGCCCCCAAGAUCGUCGGUUACGUCGACCGCAAAGGCCGCCCACUCGUCGCUAUUGCGAUCGCAAGCGCGUUCGGCCUCAUCGCUUUCCUCGCAGAUCUGCCCGAACAAGGAGCUGUCCUUGACUGGCUCAUGGCCAUCUCAGGCUUAUCAACCAUCUUUACAUGGGGCUCUAUUUGCGUGUGUCAUAUCCGUUUCCGCCGUGCGUGGGCUGCCCGAGGCCGCUCUGUCUCCGAGUUACCCUUCCAAUCCCAGGUUGGCGUUGUGGGUUCUUGGGUUGGUAUCACACUGAACGUUCUUGUCAUCAUCGCGCAAUUCUGGGUCGGCGCUUUUCCCAUCGGCUGGCAAGAAUUAACAAGCGCCCAGGUCGCGCAGAAUUUCUUCCAUAAAUGGGUUGGCGCACCCUGCGUUUUGGCUUUUUAUAUAUUCCACAAGCUUUAUUUCCGAACUACGUUUGUGAGAAUACGAGAUAUGGACGUCGACACUGGACGUCGGGACUUUAACGUCCCUAUCCUUGUCGCUCAAGAACGAGAGGAACGAGAAGGUUGGCCCCGAUGGAAGAGAUAUUAUAAGUUCAUGUGCUGAGCCAUGAAAAUUAUGACGAAAUAAUAAGAGGCGUUGGAUAUGUAUCUCAUUGUGGAUUU